UGAUUUACAUGUGCUGUUGUUGCUGUGUCAUUUCUUUGCGUUUUGAGAGUGUGGAGUGUACCUUUUGUUCUGGUGCUCUCGUUCAAGUGACAAUGACAGCCUGUCUAUCAAGAUGCAUGGAACCCGCCCCAUUCACCCCUCCUGCUCCCUGGCCGUAGCAAGCAGGGAGCAGUGAAGACGAGGUAGCUAGUUUUGAAGCCGUGGCAUAAAUGAUCUCAUCUCAGCCCGAUCUCCGCUUUCUACAGAGGAUCCUAUGACCAACACCGGAAUAAAGUAAACAUAAAGGAGCCUUGCUUCAGACUGGCCUAAAAUGGGCAGAAAGGGUGCAGAACAAAAGCUGCUUGUUGCUUGUACAAAAGUACUGAAGCGCUGCAGCCGGGACCAAGCUGCUAUGCUAAUGCCUGUGCCUCUCAACAGGAAAGAGAGCCAAAAUGUUCCCGAAGGGCACGAAGCGCAAGUUUUCCGACUCCAGGGAGGAACCUGUGGCAGGCGGUGAGGAUGUGAAUCAGUCAAGUUUGGCAGCUGUGAGGAUGCUGUCGUCCUACAGCCUGCAGCGGCAGUCCCUGCUGGACAUGUCCCUGAUCAAACUGCAGCUGUGCCACAUGCUGGUGGAGCCUAAUCUAUGCCGUUCGGUGCUGAUUGCCAACACGGUGAGGCAGAUCCAGGAGGAGAUGACCCAGGACGGCACCUGGCAGAUCAUGACCCAGGCCCUGAGUGCUGCCAACGCUGCUGCCCAGUGCUCUGCAGACCGCCUGGUGGCCACCGAGGUGCUGUGCCGGCAGACAGAGGCAGCCCAGGGGGAGCAGGUCCCCAAGCCCUUCCCAGUGGUGGGUUCAGAGGGCUGCCCUGCGGAGGAGGUGUUGGAGGAGGAGGCGGCGGCAGAGGUGGGGAUGACUAUGUCCACUGUCUCCCCCCAAGCUCCAACCUCCUACCUGCCAGGCACCUUUGGCAUGGACCCCUGCUGGGAAGAGGAGGAGACAGGUGAAGGUGAAGAUGAUGAUGAUGAGGAGGAGGAGGAGGACAGUGAGGAGUGUGGGUCUGGCUCAGAGGGGGAGGAGAGGGAGCGUGACAGCCUGGUGGAGGACACCAGGACAGCAGAGCAGGUCUUUGGCACGUUCGAGAUCAAAAACCCUGCGCCCAGCCCCGACCCUGCUCUGGAGGAACUGUUUUCAGACGUGGAUGCGUCUUACUACGACCUUGAUACAGUGCUGACAGGAAUGCAGAGCGUUCCUAAGAUGGGGCCCUAUGACCUCCUGGAGAGCCUGUCCUCCCAUGGGCCCUCACCCCUCAGUUCCAGCACCAGCUGCCGAUCAGACCUCAAUGAACUGGACCACAUCAUGGAGAUCAUAGUGGGCUCCUGAGAAACAACACACUUUCUUGCAUACUUACUUUGACUCUUUACAGACUGUGCACGUGGUGCGUAUAUUUGGAUAUGGUGUUAUUAUACGUUCAGAUGUUGAGGGUUUAUGAAAUCAAGAACUUAUUCAGUGUUACGACAUGCAGCUGUGCAUCUCUAAGUGGGCAGAGAUUACAACCUAUACCAUUAUGAUUUUUCUUAUUUGACAUACUUUUCUAUAUUUCUUUUUGUCAUACAAUCUAUUUUUCCAGUUUUGUUUUUAUUUAUUGUAAUAUGUAUGGACUGAAGAACAAUGUCAUUACACUACACACAAAUAGACCCGAACAUCCAAUCUUCUGAAGCGAUGCAUAUUUUCCUAAAGAGUAAAACAAAUAUUAGUGAAACAUGUAUGUACAGUUGAAGUCGGAAGUUUACAUACACCUUAGCCAAAUACAUUUAAACUCAGUUUUUCACAAUUCCUGACAUUUCAUUCUAGUAAAAAAUUCCCUGUCUUAGGUCAGUUAGGAUCACCCCUUUAUUUUAAGAAUGUGAAAUGUCAGAAUAAUAGCUGAGAGAAUAAUUUAUUUCAGCUUUUAUUUCUUUCAUCACAUUCCCAGUGGGUCAGAAGUUUACAUACACUCAAUUAGUAUUUGGUAGCAUUGCCUUUAAAUUGUUUAACUCGGGUCAAACGUUUUGGGUAGCCUUCCACAAGCUUCCCAUAAUAAGUUGGGUGAAUUUUGGCCCAUUCCUCCUGACAGAGCUGGUGUAACUGAGUCAGGUUUGUAGGCCUCCUUGUUCGCACAUGCUUUUUCAGUUCUGCCCACACAUUUUCUAUGGGAUUGAGGUCAGGGCUUUGUAAUGGCCACUGCAAUACCUUGACUGUGUUGUCCUUAAGCCAUUUUCCACAACUUUGGAAGUAUGCUUGAGGUCAUUGUCCGUUUGGAAGAUCCAUUUGCGACCAAGCUUUAACUUCCUGACUGAUGUCUUGAGAUGUUGCUUCAAUAUAUCCACAUAAUUUUCGUCCCUCAUGACGACAUCUAUUUUGUGAAGUGCACCAGUCCCUCCUGCAGCAAAGCACCCCCACAACAUGAUGCUGCCACCCCCAUGCUUCACGGUUGGGAUGGUGUUCUUCGGCUUGCAAGCAUCCCUCUUUUUCCUCCAAACAUAACGAUUAUGGCCAAACGGUUAUAUUUUCGUUUCAUCAGCCCAGAGAACAUUUCUCCAAAAAGUACGAUCUUUGACCCCAUUUGCAGUUGCAAACCGUAGUCUUGCUUUUUUAUGGCAGUUUUGGAGCAGUGGCCUUUUCCUUGCUGAGCGGCCUUUCAGGUAAUGUCGAUAUAGGACACGUUUUACUGUGGAUAUAGAUACUUUUGUACCUGUUUCCUCCAGCAUCUUCACAAGGUCCAUUGCUGUUGUUCUGUGAUUGAUUUGCACUUUUCGCACCAAAGUACAUUCAUCACAUUCAUCUCUAGUAGACAAUGCGUCCUUCCUGAGCGGUGUGACGGCUGUGUGGUCCCAUGGUGUUUAUUCUUGCGUACUAUUGUUUUUACAGAUGAAUGUGGUACCUUCAGGUGUUUGGAAAUUACUCCCAACGAUAAAUCAGACUUGUGGAGGUCUACAAUUUUUUUUCUGAGGUCUUGGCUGAUUUAUUUUCAUUUUCCCAUGAUGUCAUUCAAAGAGGCACCGAGUUUGAAGGUAGGCCUUGAAAUAGAUCCACAGGUACACCUCCAAUAGGCUAAUUGACAUCAUUUGAGUCAAUCAGAAACUUCUUAAGCCACAACAUAAUUUUCUGGAAUUUUCCAAGCUGUUUAAAUGCACAGUCAACUUAGUGUAUGUAAACUUCUGUCCCACUGGAAUUGUGACACAGUGAGUUACAAGUGAAAUAAUCUGUCUGUAAACAAUUGUCGGAAAAAUUACUUUGGUCAUGCACAAAGUAGAUGUGCUAACCGACUUGCCAAAGCUAUAGUUUGUUAACAAGAAAUGUGUGGAGUGGUCGAAAAACGAGUUUUAAUGAUUCCAAAGUAAAUGUAAACUUCUGACUUCAACUGUAUGUAUAUAGAAAUAUAUAUAUUUUUACAGUUUGGGAAAUUUACCAGUAUGAUUUAAUAUAAUUUCCCCCCAUAUUUUGAAUAUGAUAAAUUUAAAUUUAGCCAGUCAACCAAUGUCUUCCUAUGGUUUGGUUUUAAGCAUUUAAGUCUCAAGAUGGGCACAGUUUUUUUCCUACUUGAUUUGAAUCCAUCCCUUACAACCUAGACUAGAUUUGUAAAGUAUUUAGAGAAACUCUUGCUUGAUAUCAGCAUUAAGAAGCCUUAUUUUCUGAUAUUUGUAUUAAUACAAAUUAAGAAUUAUUGGUUGACCCAUUAAGUUAUUAUUUUUAAUUUAUUUAAUUUAUUAAAUACAGAUACAUACAUGCCACGUAGAUUUUUAAACUGAGCCGUGUAUACCCAUGUGAUAUAUUAUAAACUGGGUGGUUCGAGCCCUGAAUGCUGAUUGGCUCAAAGCUGUGGUAUAUCAGACCAUAUACCACGGGUAUAACAUUUUUACUGCUCUAAUUACGUUGGUAACCAAUUUAUAAUAGAGAUAAGACACCUUGGGUGGUUGUGGUAUAUGGCCAAUAUACCAUGGCUAAGGGCUUUAUCCAGGCACACUUUAGCUGUGGUAUAUAUUGGGCAUAUACCACACCCCCUUUUGCCUUAUUGCUUAAUUACAACUCAAUACCCCCCUAUUCACUCUAUGCAUUUCUUUUGCGAAAAUAUAUUUUGUACAGAAUUCAACUAUCAUUUUUUAAAUUUAUUUUUACAAGCAGCUCUUUCUCUAAAGAUUUCUUUUCAGAAUGUCUCCUUAUCAUGAUGAAAAGAUUACUCAGGCAAACCGUACCAGUAAAAUCUGACAGUAUUACUCUGGUCAUUACCACCACAAAACUCCUCUGAAUGAUGUCACUGCUUCAAACAGCAGCUAGAAUUUCAAAGACCUUAACAAUUGUAAAGUAUAUGCAUUUUUAUAUUAAGAACACAUUUUAGGACCUUUGUAAAUAUUUUUUAAAAUAAAAGGUGCAAAUCUUG